AUGGGCGUUAGAGGGUUUGAUGAUGUUUACAAAGGCUACAUUGAUAAUGGUACAGUGCUGCUGGCAAUCAAACGACUCAAGCAAGGUUUCCAACAGGUGCUCAAAGAGUUCAAAACUGAGAUUGAGAUGCUUUCUCAUCUUCGUCACCAUCAUUUGGUAUCUCUCAUUGGCUACUGCAACAAUGACAAUGAGAUGAUACUUGUCUAUGAGUUCAUGGCUCAUGGGACUUUUCAUGAACAUCUUUACAAUUCUGAAAACCAACCACUUUCUUGGAAUCAAAAGCUGGGGAUUUGCCUAGGUGCUGCUUGGGGAGUGCAUUGUCUACAAACAGGGGCAAAGCAUGCAACCAUUCAUGGCCAUAUCAAGUCGACAAACAUCUUAAUAGAUAAAAACUAG